GUUCUUUAAUAGUUUGACACAUACUUUAAAUGAAAGUAAGACGGUUUGUGUUUUAUACUGCAGAGCCCGACUUGUCCUUUAAACAUGCUCUUGCUGGAAGAGUGCUUAAUGGCAGUGUUCGUAGCAGACUUUUGAAAGAACGAGCUGCCAGAUUAUCACAGACUCAACUAGAGCAGCAUGGCCAACUAUUACAGGACUCGCUUUCUGGAAAGGAUUUGUCCUCCCAUAUAAGAACCACCGAUACUGCUGGGACACAUACCACAUACGGCUCUCACAGAACAGAGUCAAACUCUCAAUCACAACAACAGCCGUCUGCAAACAUGACCGAGUCGGAACUACUACAAAAACUAGAAAACUUGCGGUCAGAAAAGCGAAAGAUAUUCUCCUUGGUUGCAUUAAAUAUGAAAAAGAAAAGUGAACGGAACAAGGUUAAGGAAGUGCAGGCUUCCAAGUUGGAUCCAGCUAAUAAAACUGCUGCUCCCUUACAAUCCGCAUCUUCUUGCAUGACUACCGAUUUGAGUGCUCCUUUGGACCAUUUAGAAUCGCCUGUUAUUCCUAAUACAUCCCCUGCUAGUCUUACAAUGCCACCUCCUACUUUUGUUGACCAUCGAUUGGCAGAAUCAUCUGUCGAUACUUCAAGACCACAUGGCCAGUCAUUGAUCAAUUCAUACGGAUCUUCUUUAAAAUCCCAGGAUCUGUCACAUAGCCAAGCUGGAGCCUUACGGGAUGCUCAGUAUUUGAGUACCCAUACAGGAGGUAGUUCUCUAAACUCAUUGCCACCAAAGUAUGAAUCUGCACAAAACCAUCCCUUUAGAAGAAAUGAUGGACGUUAUUCACCACCUGCAUCCAGAUAUGGUUCUUCACGCGGAAAACCUUUUGCAUAUGGAUUUUCUCGAUACGAUUCGGGUGAUACACAUCGCAUGCCUGUAUCAUCUGCACGUAUCCGUGGCGGGUUCCGUGGAUCUUCAUACAACAGACCUGGUUCAUACCAAGAAUGGCAAUCGGGCAGAUCACAUUUACCUUAUGAAGGACGGUUUUUAAAAACACCAUUCAAUGGAAAACCACGGCCAAAGGACUGAUCUUGUACUAUACACUUGGAAAAGUGGAAAAGAUAUUUUAAAUUUAUUGAUUGAAUGAACUUCAAACAAAAACUAG